UAACAGAGUAAGACUCCGACAACACCCACAAGAAGAAACUUUCUCUAACAGAAAUGAUUAAAAUGGCAAUGGCCGGUCUCUUUCUCCGGCAACUCAUCCUCGCCGUCCUCUUCCUCUUCCUUCUUUCUCCUUCCGUCUCCUCCACCGAGUGGCUCGACAUCGAUGCCUCAGAUCUCAAAGCUCUUCAAGUCAUCGAAACAGAGCUCGGAGUCAACAGUCAACGCUCUUUGUCCACUGGUGUUAACCCCUGCGGUCACGGAGGAGUGUUCUGCGAGAGAAGACGCUCUGCCGCCACCGGAGAAUACGUUCUCCGUGUCACGAGACUCGUCUACCGAUCCAGGACCUUGACAGGGACCAUGUCACCGGUUAUCGGAGUGUUGUCGGAGCUGAAGGAACUCACCUUGUCUAACAACAAGUUGGUCAACGGUCUACCAUUUGAUGUCUUAAACUGCAAGAAACUCGAAGUACUUGAUGUAAGAAACAACAAGUUCUCCGGUCAGAUUCCGGGAAACUUCUCUCGUUUGAUCCGUCUUCGAAUCCUUGAUCUUUCUUCGAACAAAUUCUCCGGGAACUUGAACUUCUUGAAGAACUUACGCAACUUGGAGAGUCUCUCGGUUUCAAACAAUCUCUUCUCAGGCAAGAUCCCUGACGCAGUUGACUCUUUCCACAAUCUCCGGUUCUUUGACUUCUCUGAAAACCGGUUUUUGGAAGGUCCGGUUCCGGUUAUGAGCAAAACCAAGAUUCAGACAGUUCCAUACCAAACAAGACACAUUCUUGCUGAGUCUUCAUCUACGAACUCCACCAAGAAAGCUAACAACACCACCACAACAUCAAAAGCAACUUCAGAACAUAAUAAAAAGAAGCUGAAGAAGAAGAAGAACAAGAAAAAGAAAGUGUUGGCAUGGAUCUUAGGGUUCUUCGUUGGAGGCAUAGGAGGAACGCUCUCUGGUUUUGUCUUCUCUGUCAUAUUCAGAUUGGUUCUUAGAGCAAUAAGAGGACCAGAGAAACCAUCAGGCCCUUCCAUAUUCAGUCCAAUGAUCAAGAAAGCUGAAGAUUUAGCCUUCUUGGAGAACGAAGAAGCGUUAGCUUCUCUGGAGAUCAUUGGAAGAGGAGGUUGCGGAGAAGUUUUCAAAGCUGAACUACCUAAUAGCAACGGGAAGAUCAUCGCUGUGAAGAAAGUGACACAACCUUCUAAAGAAGCCGGCGAACUUGUAGACGAAGAAUCCAGGUUUCUGAACAGGUACAUGAGGCAAAUCAGAUCAGAGAUCGCCACAGUGGGUCACAUCAGGCACAGGAAUCUUCUCCCUUUGUUAGCACACGUUCCAAGACCCGAGUGCCACUACCUUGUUUAUGAGUACAUGAAAAACGGGAGUUUGCAAGAUAUACUGACCGAUGUAGCAGCUGGAAACAGAGAGUUAAUGUGGCCAGCAAGGCACAAGAUUGCUGUAGGUAUAGCUGCAGGGCUUGAAUACCUACACAUGGAUCAUAAACCAGCAAUCAUUCACAGAGACUUGAAGCCAGCAAAUAUUCUUCUUGAUGACGACAUGGAGGCUAGAAUUUCAGAUUUCGGGCUGGCAAAGGUAAUGCCUGAUGCAGUCACGCACAUUACAGCCUCGAAACUUGCAGGUACUGUGGGAUACAUAGCAUCGGAGUAUCAUCAAACACUCAAGUUCACAGAUAAAUGUGAUAUGUAUAGUUUUGGAGUGAUUCUUGGUGUCCUUGUGAUUGGGAAGCUUCCUUCGGAUGAGUUUUUCCAGACUACUGACGAGAUGAGUCUGAUAAAGUGGAUGAGGAACAUGGUAACGUCGGAGAAUCCAAGCCUUGCUAUCGAUCCCAAGUUGAUGGAACAAGGAUUCGAUGAACAGAUGCUUCUGAUUCUGAAAAUUGCUUGUUACUGUACUCUGGAUGAUCCGAAACAGAGGCCAAACAGCAAAGAUGUCAGGACUAUGUUGUCACAGAUCAAGAGCUAG